CCUGCGGGCGGGGGACGGGAAACACGAACCGGCCAAUAGCGCCGCACCACGCACCCCGCGCGGCCAAUGGGAAGCAGAGGUAGGGGGAGGAGGCGGCGAUCCGCCAAUGACAGCCCUCCAGGUGAGGGGCCCGAGGACCGAAGCGUGGCUCCAGCUGAUUGGCUCACGAGAGCUACGUUGCUCUCGGCCAAUCACCAGACUCCGCGGGCCCCUAGCUCGGGCGGCUCCGACGUCGGAGGAAGGUCGACCAAUGAGCGCUAGCUCAGGCAGCCUCCCUCCUCCCCCUUUCCUUAGGGUCGCGCUCCGGAAGCACUUCUGGAUCCUUCCUCGACAGCAUUUACUCCGUUACUAGGGGAAACGGUGUCCAUGGCAACACGUUCUUCGCUUUUCCUCCCCGAAGAAUACAUUGAGAGUCGUAUAAGGCUCCCAGUUCGGCAAGUCCCAGGUUGUUUCAACUCUGACCUCUCUAUCGAUUGUAAGUUGCUAAGCAAGAAAUGAACUAUAUUGGGAAAGAAGUUUAACUUUGCUGGUGCCAAAUGUUAUUGGGGGAUGUCUCAGAAGUAUUGACAACGAAGAGCCAAGUCACCUUGCAUUUCCUCUGAGUCCAACUGUGUGAAUUCUUGAGCCACAUGAAAUGUUUCAGAAGCCAAUUGAAAUAAUGGAGAAGAGUCCUCAGUCUGUCUCAAAGCCCCAGCCCCCCAUCCAGCCUUAUGUAUGUUCCACAAUAAAGGAUUUCCAAGAAGAAAGAGAUUUUUUGGCAAACAACAUCUUCCCCCAGCUUAAUGAACUCUGCGUUUCCUGGGGGACGUAUUUCAAGGCUAUUGACCUGAGGUGGCCAGCAUCUGAGGCACAUGACCCUCUCUGCCCUAACUUUCAUAGGCCGUACUGCAGCCUGCAAUCCCAGCAGCUGAAGCUUUGCCUUGAUUACAUCAACAACUCGUUCCCUUUUUUCCUUUGCAUGCUGGGCCAGACCUAUGGCGAAUUCCUCCAUGAGGAUACAAAUUUCCUGCCCACUGGCACCCCCGACCUGCCAGGGCUCUCCAAGGUGGAAAAGACCCUAUAUGUUGCAGCCCACAAUGGCUACCCUUGGGUCCUGGAGAAUUUCACCUGCAGCCUCACAGAGCUGGAAGUGAUCCAGGCGGCCUUUAUGAAGGAUUCCCAGUUUCAGUAUUACUAUUUUCGGACUGGUACCAUGCUACUGAAAGCAUUAGAACAGGAAAAGGGAAAGAUUACCUGUCCACAAUCCCAGCAGAAGGAAUACGAGAAACGGCGGAUCGGUGAGCUCAAAGCCAAGAUUAUUAGCAAAGGGCUUCCGGUCAGGUUUUACAGAGAUCUCCACGAGUUAGGCCAAUUGGUUUUCAAAGACUGGUCAGCUGUGAUAGAAAAGCUUUACCCUGCUUCCAUUCUGCCAGAAAAUGUAGACCAUGAGCACAACUUUGAACGUUCUUAUCAUGAAGCUUUUACUGUAAAGUGCCAGAAGAUGUUUGUGUUGUCUAAAGAAUCGAAACAAGCAUUUGAAGCUUUGGAAAAAUUUGUGAUGAAGGAUCCUCAAAAUGAGGCGGGCAGACAGGAAUCCGGCAGCUCUCUGGAAUCUGUCCUCAGAAUCAGGCCUAUUGUACCAACCAAGUCAAUUUUGCUUCUGUCUGGAGAACGUGGCUGUGGGAAGUCAACACUGAUCGCAAGCUGGGUGAAUUCUUUCAGAGAGAGAAAUCCCAACACGUUACUAAUCCCUUAUUAUGUAGGAAGCAGCUGUGACCGUAGUGACAUCAUGUCCGUGAUGCAUUACUUCAUCACUGAAUUACAGUACAAGCAAUUUGGUACUCAGAUUGAAACUGAUCUCAUUAACGAAGACUCCAAAGUAUGGGUUUUUUCACUUCUCGUAGACAUAUUCUUAGCCUCCAUCAGUUUAAGGCCAUGUAUAUUAGUACUAGAUGGAAUUGAAGAAUUGAUUGGUGUUUAUGGAAUUUCAGGACAGAAGGCAAAAGACUUUUCCUGGCUGCCCCCCUCCAUUUCCCCUAAUUGUAAGUUCAUCAUGAGUAUGGUAUCCUCCAGUCUCUCUUACAAAUCACUGUGUGCCCGAUCAGAUGUAAAAACAGUGGAGCUGACCAUUGCCUCCGAUGAAAACACAGUUAUCAGAAUUUUUGAACAGUAUCUCACGGUGCCUCACAAAAACAUUUUUUCCUAUCAAGAGAAACAUAGCUCAAGAAAAAAACCAUGCCUAAGUCCUUUGAAAGUUGCAAUCUUGGCCAAUGAGUUUCAAGAAUGUCGACUGUACCAAAACGAGUCGGAAUGUAUUCAGAAAUACCUGGAAGUGCUUUCUAUCCAGGAACUAUGGGAAUUAAUUCUCAAGCGAUGGGUUGAGGACUGCAGUUAGAUUAUCAAACCCAAAAAGGUGGUAUCACCUCUACCAGACUCUAAAAGCCGACUGAAUGGCUGGGUGGUGGACACGUUGUGUCUGUUGAGUGUCUCUCAUUGUGGACUGACUGAUGUCGAGCUACUCCAGCUUUUGGACAUACUGGGCUAUAAGAAUCAUUACAAAGUCACCACCUCCCAUUGGGCGGCCUUUCGCUUGGCUACUGAGCAGUGGGUCCAAGAGAAGCCGAAUGGCCGACUGCACUUCUGUCAUCAGUCUCUGCGACAAGCAGUGGAGCACAAGCUGCUUCGUGUAAUCACGCCCGUCAGAGAAAGCAGUCCAUAUUCCUUUCAGAACCCCGUGAAUUGCAAGAAAACAAAUUUACAUCGGAUCUUGACUCAGUUCUUCCAGGGACAAAGCAGCUUUUGGAGAGCGUAUGCAGAGUUGCCGUGGAAUCUGAAAAUGAGUGGCAACUGGGAGGAGCUAUGUAAUUUUCUCACAAACCCCAAAACCCUGGCCAGACUAUCUCAAACCACAAAACCAACCUUCUGGAUAAAGCUCCAUCUUAUCCAUUAUUGGAAUGUGUUAGCGGAAGCUGGAUACGAUACAACAGGGGCCUACCUAAGUAUGGUGAAAAAAAUGAUAACGUACAAGACGUACAAAAUAAAAGAAAGGCAUACAUGGACAGAAUUGAAUUGCAAAAUUUCUGACAUCACAACCAGUGAGAAAUGCCAACUGAUCUGCUUUGUUGCAAGAUUUUUGAAUUAUCUGGGCAGGACCAAUGAUGCUGAAGAACUGUUCAUUACAGCUGAGGACUUGUUGAUAAAGCAUGACUUGGAAUCAGAAACGCUCAUCAAAGUACAGCUCGGCUUGGGAGAGCUCUAUUUAGAAAUAGGAUCCUUACAGAAGGCUUUUUUUUUUUGCCAAAGAGCAUGGGUCACAUGGAGACAAUUGACACCAAGUGGCCUACACAAUCUGGAAAGACUGAAGCAGAAAGGCAGGGUGUUACAUUACCUGGCAAAGACAAUGAGGCAAGGAUCUGUGAAAGAAAAUCACUUGCUAGAGAAUACUGUUGACCUCACAAUGCACCUUUGUUGUAGCCCAUAUGAUUUUGCUCUGCUGAGAUGCACAGAAGGUAUUCUAAAAUCUCUUACUGGGAACUUUUCUGUUGCGAAAUUGAAAUUUCAAGAAUGUUUAAAUAUCUGAAAAAAUUUGUUUGGAGAGAAUCAUUUCUUAGUUGGAGAAAUUAAGGAAUAUUUGGCAGAUUUAAUAAGUGGCUCUAAAAAGACUGAAAAAUUUCAAAGGAAACAUGCAAUUGAGUAUUACAGAGGAGUGAUAAACAUAAAAGAAAACAUGGAACUCUUGACCAACUCCUUCCAAGUGAAAAAGCAGCUUAAUAUCAGCCUCAGCAAUGUCUUGUGUAAAUUAGGUCAAUUGAUGAAAAGUGAUGUUUCUACUCAGUCCGAACAAGAGGCAACUGGAUUUUUGCAGCGGGCACUGGAUUUAAGAAUUAGUUACCUGGGGCCUUCUCACUCUUCCACCUCAGAGCUCCUCCGCCUUGUGAGGGAGCUUGAGAGAAAAAGCCAAAAUAAAGGGAAUGUUCAAGGCCGGAGCUCCAGCCAUGACAAUUUCAAGGGGAACUUAGUGCAGGAGAAAAUCUCCAAGGGGAAGUUGGAGUACCACUGGCCUCAGAAUUUCAGCACUCUAAAAUCUCCGCUCAGCAGCAGCGCCGCUAAGCUGCAGAGGGCCGUGAGCCUGGACUCCUACAAAGUCUUAGAGGAUAGUAGCAUGAAGGGCGUCUUAGGGAAAGGGCAGAAGAGCAUGAGAUUCAUUACCUGCAGCCCAGCAAAGGAGAUCAUUAAGCAGCAGGUGCAAAACAACGUGGAAAUAUGGAGCUGUCGAGAGGACGCCUCGUUGAAGAAAGAGAAAGAUGCAUCUGGGAAGAAAACAGCUUUCAGCAGCCCAGAGAACAUGUUAAAAUCUCCAAAAAGGGCAUCUUCAGCUCUCUCAUAUAACUGGUGCCCGCAAACACCCAUCUCAGAGCCUUUUAAUGCUGUUGGCUCCUUGGAAAUUCCUUGCAGGCCACAGACUUCACCAGAAAAUCAGCUCUUUCAGAAAUCAGGAAGACAUAUAAUUUUCCAUAAACCCUCUCCACCCAAAAGACAGCAAAAUGAUAUGAGAAUGUUGAAAAAACUGAAUGACAAUAAUAAGCAAUAAAGACUGUUGUAGGCAACAUCUACCAAACACACCCAUGCUCCUUCAAGAGUGACUUUAUUUCUAUGCAUCCAUGUGCCUCUUUGUCUUAAAACAGUUGGAGAAAAUAAAGAGGAAUCUUAAUGCUUUGAUAAAGCUCAUAACUGGUGGCUUACUUAUGUGGUCAUUAAAACUCUCCAGAAUGUUGGUUUCACAGAUUUUAGCCAAAAAGAAUUAGGAGGAUCUUUUAUAAUCCCUAAGUAUACUAAUGUAAAUGGAAUUAUAGGGACCUUAUGGAAUGUUUUACCCUAGGAGUUAUAUUCUGGGGUAAAAUAUUAAAGAAACAUGAUCCAAAUGUUCAUUUGUAGAAGGUUAUGUCGCUGUGGCCUAUAUAGCAUUUUGGAAGUUGUGAAUGAAUUUUCAAAACAAUGUCAUGAUUAUCAAGAAAUAGGGAAAAAAAAUCCUAGAUUUAAACAAGAGUGAACUACAAUCUGGGCAACCAAGUGGUGCAGUAGAUAGAGUACUGGGCCUGGAAGUCA